GUUCUUCCUCCCAGACUGAACAGGACCCCUGUGUGUCUUAUCUACGUUUCCCCGUUAGUCACAGCAUGGCGCCCCUCAGCCGUCUGUUGAUCUACUACGUGAGAGAAAAUGGUGAAGGUGUAACAGACAGUCUGCAAAUCUCUGUCCAGCCUGAAUUUGAGAACCAGGUAUUUGUUUCUUUGUCGUCUAAUGACUCAAUUCCUGGAGACCCAGUGACCCUGCAUGUCCAGGCAGAGAGGGGCUCAUGUGUUUGUGUGGCCGCUGUGGAUAAAAGUCUCUACUUGUUAAAGCCGGACUUUCAGCUAAGUCCUGACAAGGUGUUUAAGGAGUUGGCUGACUUCGACGUUUCAGAUGUUUUUGGCUUACCUAAAGAUGACGGACACAUAUGGUGGCCUGGACUGUCAUCAAAGAGACGCAGGCGGUCUUCUGUGUUUCCGUGGCACUGGGACAUAACUAAGGACGCACGCUUUGCUUUCACAGAAACGGGGCUGGUGGUGAUGACAGACAUGGUGAGUUUGAACCAUCGGCAGAGCGGAGGGAUGUACACAGAUGAGGCUGUUCCUGCCUUUCAGCCUCACACGUCCACUUUGGUGGCUGCCAUGCACUCCCGUACCACCUACAGAUCUGAGAAACGAAAGCGCACAUUUUUCCCAGAGGCUUGGGUGUGGCAUUGCCUCAAUGUCAGCUCUGACACUGGAGAGGCUGACCUGCACCUGCAUGUGCCAGAUUCAAUCACCUCUUGGGUCGUUGAGGCUGUCAGCCUGUCUGAGGAGAAGGGACUGGGUUUAGCAGAGAGGACAGAACUACGGACCUUCAAGCUGUUUUUUGUUGACUUUACGCUGCCCUACAGCUUAAUCAGAGGGGAGCAGACCAAAGUUCCUCUCACCAUCCACAACUACCUGCCUACUUGUUCAGAGGUAAAAAAUGAUGACACACUAUUUCCCUCAUAG